GAUAUGAACAUGUAGUUCCAAGAAAGAAGGACAACAGGCCACAGCUGAAUGAAGAUGAGUUACUAAUGACCACAGUAUACUGGAGACAUAGCAACCAAAAAUAUUCUGAUUUCCGUCGUGCCACCACAACACUGAAGAAUCAUCAAGGACAGGAUAUUGAUCUGGGUUUGGUAGAGUUCUACUUCCUAAAUGAAGAGCACCCUGUGAGCCCUCACAAGCACAAGUGCACCGGGAAGCCAUUCAACCCAACAUCCACAUCCACCAAGCAGACGAUUAAAGAAGCAGUUAAGGGAAAGCAGGGACCAUCCACUAUAUUCUCAGAUAUUGUUAAUGGAGUGGGAGGCUCUCUGAAUUGUGAGUCUGUAUCAGAUAUCCCGAGGAAUAUAGAUCAAGUAAAACAGGCAAGAGCUAAAUUGAAUUUCAAACCAAAACAUGCUGAAUUUGUGUCACUGUUAGAUUUGGCACAAAGUUCUAUAUAUAUUAGAAACUUGCAGUGGACGCCAGUGCCAAGAGUUGUCUUCUCAUAUGACGAAGUUCUUGAAGAGAUAGUAAAUAAUUGCUGUAAAGUGAACAGUUCAUGUGUUUUAUCUAUUGAUACAACAUAUGGAAUAGGAAAUAAGUUUGUUACAACCACAACUUAUCCACAUGCAAUGUUAAUAGAUUGUGUUACCGGGAAACAUGCAAAUUUGCCAGGCCCUGCAAUGUUUCAUGUUUCAGAAAAAAAGGAAGACUUUGUGUAUUUUGGGCAAACACUGGUUCAACAAAACGAAAGUAUCGAAAACGUAAGGUUUAUAGGGUCAGAUCGUAGUUCAGCCUUAAAAGGCUUCAUGCAGCCCCUGAAGGGAGCAGUGCUUGUCCCAUGUACUAAACAUGUUAAGGACAAUAUCGAACGUCAGUUUAAAACAUUGGGAGUAAAUGAAAAAGACAAGAAAAGCAUUCUGUUUGACAUAUUUGGAAAUACAACCCUUUCCAGAAAAGGUUUAAUUGACAGCGAAUCUGUUGAUGACUUCGAUGCUAAGUUAGAGGUAUUAAGUACAAAAUGGGUUAGGUUAGACAAGGGUGUCGAUUUUUUAAACUACUUUCAGGUUAACAUUAGCGAUGAUAUGAAAGUAGGUAUGUUACCCUCGGUAAGGAGAGAAAUUGGUCUUAAUGACAACUUCUUUUAUAGUAAUGCGGAAGAGUGUUCUCAUUUCAAAUAUAAAUGUAAAAUUAGAGAACACAAGGCAUUAACUGCAACUGGCUAUGGCCGAAAUGUCAAUGUCUCAUGGCUAGAAGCCAUCAACGUUUACAAGAGCAUGGUAGAUCAGGUCAGAGAGAACAUUCGCCUUGCGGUCUUAGGAAUUGGACCCUAUAGUUUUGCACCUGAAGCUCAACAUCUUGUAGUAACUCAAAAAGAAUGGAGUAAAUUAAGCCCAGAGGAUCGUAGGAAGCAUUAUGCAAAAAUCCAUUUUCUAGAGGAAAUGUAA